UGUUUACCUCCCAACAGCGCUCUGACUCCCGGUCUGUCUGCGCGGUCUUCUUUCUUUUCCGCUGUAUGCAGAGUACUGGACCUCAGAGGUGUUACUGGGGCAAAAUGGACUACCUCGACAGCGAGUUUGGUGGCCUAUUCAUCAGCCCGCGCGGGUCUUUCCGCAGCGCGGCAGCUCGGCCGGUAACGUCAUCGGUCGCCGCGGACCUGCCUUACGAGCUCAUCCUCAGCGUAUUUCAACACCUCGACCCGGACGCGUUGGUAGCCUCCUCGUGUGUUUGCCGUGCUUGGCGCUCCGUGGCAGCCGAUGACCGUCUCUGGAAGUUCAUUGACAUCUCUCGUCUAAGACCCAGCACAGUGCUCAGCUCAGACCCAUUAGUACACGCUCUCGCCAACACUGCACGUGCUAUCGACAUCAAGAACCCGCCUUACUUCUCCUCAGCCGACCUCCCCGCGCUCUUCAAACUCAUCAAACCCAACUCCCGUCUGCGCGAAUUCUCGUUCGAAAACUGCGCUGCGCUUGACGCAGAUGCCGAAGCUAGUAUUAGUGAGUUUGUCGGCAGUGCGCGCGAGCUGCAAAGUCUCUCGUUGUCCGGCACACUUAUCCGUCCGACGACGGAUAUGUUCUCCAAGCAGCUAAGCGACACCGUCACCUCGCUCGAUCUCUCGAGAACCGGAAUGAGCAAAUACGCUCUGGGAGAGCUCUCGACCGCUUUUCCCGCUCUUGAGAAGCUGUCUUUGAGCUGCUGCUAUUAUCUUUCAUCGACCAGGAUCCGGCGGCUGCUUAACGACCUUCCCGAGCUAACCGACCUCGACCUAAGCUCGAUCCCAGUCGUCGGCCCGCGGACGGUCAAAGCCUGGCUCUCGAGAGACGAUCGACCAAAGCGUCUUGACGUCCGGAACUGCGAUUGCUUUACCGUUCAUGACAUUGAACAGCUACGACUAUGUGCACCCGCCGGCACAGAAAUCGUACACUCUGCUCUCUUACUCGAAGAAUCAGAGGCCGGUUAUCGCGCCUACAUCGACCUGAUUGCCGGAAUCUCCAACCCUGCAGAGAUGAUCGAUGACUCGAUUGUCGAGUCUUUGCUUGCAUAUCCUUCUUCGUCAGACGAAGGCUCGCUUUCGUCAUCGCCUGUCAUCUCUUCAUCUAGGUUGAAAGACGAAACUCGCGAUAGGUUAGCGUGUCUUCUCCCCGCUGCUUUCUCGUAUGCUCUGAACUCGGCGUCGAGCUAGUCUUGGUUCCAAGCUGUAUUCCUAUUAUCUUUUUGGGAGCGAUGUAUAUUAAUAUUGGUUCACUUUGGUGUUUGUAUUUUAGCGGUGGGUGCUGUUUUUGUGCUUUUAGGGAUGUUUGGGUGUGUUUUGUGUAUAUCUCAAUAUGACCGUUGAGAGGUUUGUACGAUAGUCUAGAUUUAUUGAAACAACAGAGAAUCGGGGCGCUAUAUUACAAAAUUAA